GCCACAACUACCACCUCAGUCACUCCUCUCUUUCUCCUUCCAAGUCCUCUAGAGCUGCGCUCGCUUUCUUUCUUUUCAAUUCUUCUUGUGUCUUUAGUUCUCUUUCGCGCUUUCCUUACCUUCCUCUCUAUCCAACGUCUCCGAGUGAAGCAGUGCUCGCUCCGUCCUUGCUCCACGCAUCACCUCUUCAUCCGACGCACAUUCGUUAGCUUUCACAAUGGGAAAUCUCAUUUGGCACGAGUGGGCGAGACUUAUUUCCCUCACUGGCGCAAUCUAUGCUGUUUGGGCGGGCUACUGGGGAAUAUUCUACCGCAAGUUCUUCUGGGACUUUGUCGGCGGGACUCUCCGUGACCCAGGAGGAAUGCAAGCACCAAAAAGUGCAGGGUUCUUCGUUGCCAUCAUAAUUCAUGCGCCCGUCCUCCAAGUCCUCUCUGUCAUCUUCGGCGCUACACUUAUUGCACUCGAAUGGCCCUUGCCUUUCUUGAAGAAUUUGACGAUAUAUCGGUCCCUUGUCUUGCGCCCGGUUCUGCUUCUUGCGUUGUCGUUGUUUACGAUAUUUUUCUACCAGGGUACAAAUGCGGCUUUGUAUUCGUUCAUAGCGGCUAUGGCGUAUGGACGCGCAUUGGCUCUGGGUGAAGAGAUGGAGGUGGCGAAGGAGAACAGGGGCAGGGGAGGACAUGCUUAACACGCAGUUCCCGCGCGUUUGAUUGCUGUUGACCAGGAGUCGAGCAGACAGGUCUGCGUUGAUUUUAAUCGUCAAGUCACUGACACCAUUUUUUUCUUUCUUUUUUCUGUCUUUACUCUUUACAAAUUUCGCCCCCAUUUCUUGAUAUCAAGAUAGCUUAUUGUUAUCAACUUUUUUGUGUGAUAUACGAUCGAUGAAUCCCGUGUGUAGCUUAUGUUGCGAAUCCAAA